AUGUCGAGAGGAGGAGGAUCUAGGGACUAUGAGGACAGACCAGAAAUGUCCAGAAAUGGUCGCGGUGGCUAUCACAACGGAUUUUAUCAUGAAGGUGGACAGUCCAGAGACUCUUAUUCUAGGGAUGCGAACGGGUCUGGCAGCGGAGGUGUCAAACCAAGAAGAGGCCUUUCCCAAAGGUCGCGCGAAGGUGGAAGAAGACGGGAGCGCAAAACGAAGGAGGCCACCAACACGUUGACCACUCCACCACCGGAUAAUCUUUCUCGAAACUUUUAUCAAUCUCCAGUAAUACUCGGACGAACGCCCACAGGCCCAUCGUCACGUCCGGAAACCCAACGGGAGGAGGUUCCUCGAACAAUUGCGACUAAACCUUCUGAACCGAAACCGUCAUUGAAGACCAAACCUCUAGAACGGCCGUUUGCUAAAAUGAUCGAUGAGAAGGGAACUAUUAAUCAGGAAAUUGUGGGGAGGUUACUUAGUGAUCUCCCUGGCCAUUUUGUUGUGGGCGUAUGCGGUCCACAAGGUGCAGGAAAGUCAACGAUUCUGUCGAAAUUUUGUCAGGAUCAGAGUAAUGGCUUUACUCAACAAUCAAAUGAGACCUUAUAUGCGGCAAAUCAUGCCACUAUCGGCGUGGACAUUCAUGUAACUCCAGAAAGGAUUGUUUUGCUUGAUACACAGCCAAUCUUUAGUCUUUCGGUGCUUGAACGUGCAAUGAGGAACGAUUAUGUGCCUGAUGGAAUGUUGCCCGAGUUGUGGUUGGAAUUGCAGUCUCUUCAACUUGUCAUAUUCUUGCUUUCAGUGUGCAAUGUUGUUCUAGUGGUGACUGAAGGUAUGGACUAUAUGACUUGGAACUUCCUAAAGAAAGCAGAAAUGUGUAAAUAUCGUAUACCUGAAUUCCCGACCAUGCCUCAUUUGAACUCGGCUGAUGAUAUCGAAUAUUAUCCUGAAAUUGUGUUGGUAUGCAACAAGACACCUACACAGGAAUUUACAACACCACGAUACGAUGCUUUAUGCGAAAUAGUGUGUGAUAUGUUUGACACAACCAAAUUAAAUCUCUUCAAUACCGUUUCUCUGAACAAAACGUUUGCCAUAUCUCCACCAUCGCUUGAGUCUUCACCUAACCUAUUUCUCCUUCCAUACGAACCUCAUCCCUUACGCCAUAAAUCAGAAAACAUGACCUGGACGAAACUGAAUGCUCCAGACAGUUUUAUCUCGUUUGCGGAAUCUUUAAGGAAUCAGGUGUUUGGAUUACCCAAGAGAGAAGGGAAGAAGGGACAGGUAUCAGAGAAAGAUUGGUUUCGAAGUGCAGUAAGAGCCUGGGAAUUGGUCCGCAAGUCUGAAUUCAUCUCUGAAUACACUCGACUUGCUCAGAGAUUGAAAGAUAUGUGA